AUGAAAGAAAACCUAGGACAAUACAAUCAGGCCAUCGAGUUUUACGAAAGAGCACGCGAUAUCAGCGAGAAAACUCUCCCUCCGAAUCAUCCCGACUUGGCUAAUUCUUACAACAAUAUCGGUAAUGUGUAUUCUGAUAUGGGCGAGUACUCGAAAGCAUUGUCAUCACAUGAACGAGCACUUGAAAUCCGAAACAUAGCUCUUCCUCCGAAUCAUCCCGACGUGGCUAAUUCCUACAACAACAUUGCUAGUUUGUAUAACAGCAUGGGUGAGUAUUCAAAAGCACUCGUAUUUCUCGAGAGAACACUUGGUAUCUUCGAAAAAUCACUGGCUCCAAAUCAUCCGCAGAUAGCCCUGAAUGGUAACUUCGAACUCGACGAUCUACCUCAUACUGGAAGACCAUUGCAGGUGGAUAUGGAUUUCUUAAAGCAGCUUAUUGAGCAAGACCCAAGGUUGACGACACGGUGUUUAGCAGAACAACUUGGCUGCUCUCACGUUGCAGUGGAAACACAUCUGCACGAAUUAGGCAAAACUUGGAAAUACGGAGUUUGGAUACCCCAUGAAUUAUCACCACUUCAGCUGCAAUGUAGGGUUGAUGCUUGUAUGGAAUUAUUGACUUCUCAUCGCAACUACAAAUGGCUCGGCAAUCUCAUUACUGGUGAUGAAAAGUGGGUGUUGUAUAUUAACUAUCAGCACAGACGCCAGUGGCUGAGCGCUGGUCAAGCAGGUGUACCAACGCCCAAGAGUGAUCUACAUCCAAAGAAGGUGAUGCUGAGCGUGUGGUGGGGAGUCAAAGGAAUUAUUCAUUGGGAACUACUGCCAACUGGGUGCACCAUCACUGCUGAUCUCUAUUGCCAGCAAUUGGAUCGGGUUGCAGAAAAACUCAAAGGAAAACAAGAUCGAAUUUACUUUUUGCACGAUAAUGCUAGACCCCAUGUAGCAAAGUCGACACGGCAAAAAUUAUUGGAGCUUGGAUGGAUCACCAUUCCCCAUCCACCUUAUUCUCCAGACUUGGCUCCUACGGACUACCACUUGUACCGUUCUCUCUCCAAUCAUUUACGUGAGAAAAAGUUUGAACACGAGAACGACCUUAAAAUGGAUCUCCUCAAUUUCUUCGAUCAAAACUCUCAGGACUUCUACGAACAAGGAAUCUUUUCUCUGCCAGAGCGUUGGCGACAGGUCAUAGAGAGUAAUGGAGCAUACAUUGUUGAUUGUUAA